GGAAUAGGGUCAGGGUAAAGGACAGACAGAGGGAAAAAAAAGUUGCAGUUUCCUACCACAUCACCAUCUACUUGAAGAAAGUUAUCGGCGGUUUUCCAAUUGAUCGCAGCGAAAGAGAUACGAGAGAGAACACCCGGUACCGGCUCUGAAGCUUCACGGAGGAAAUUCAAGCACGGGAGCACGUUGCUUUCGGGCUUGAGCGACACAGCGUAAAACAGGGCAACAAUCUGGCAAGAAGACAUCGAGGAAUUAUCCCCAAACUAGAGACACUGGGUAUUAGAGUGGAACUACUAAUAACAAACAUCUUUAGACAACUGACAGAAAAAUCGGAUAUCAUCACCUUGGAAAGGUUUCCUAACUCGAAGCACAUCCACCUCAGGGACCAGCUUUCAUCACGUGCCUCCAAUGAGAAGUUCCUUCGUUCAGUAAAGCCUGAAGAUUUGCUACUUAAGACACUAUGGGGAUGCUGAGGAACAUCUGGAGAGCCCGGAAACUGUUGCUGGUCAUCUUGAUCCCCCUUCUGAUGUUACCUCUGCCUGUCCUCUACCCUGACAGUCCAGAAGCUCAGUGUGCGUAUGUCCUUAUAGUCACCGCUGUGUAUUGGGUGUCUGAGGUGGUCCCGCUUGGAGCAGCAGCAAUGGUUCCUGCUUUCCUCUUUCCAUUGUUUGGGGUAUUAAAGGCCAGUGAAGUUGCAUCAGAGUACUUUAAGGACACAACGUUACUCUUGAUUGGUGUCAUCUGCCUGGCUGCUUCCAUUGAAAAAUGGAACUUGCACAAGAGGAUUGCUCUUCGCAUGGUGAUGUUAGCAGGAGCCAAACCAGGAAUGUUAGUCCUUGGCUUCAUGUGUUGUACCAUGUUCUUGUCCAUGUGGCUCAGUAACACCUCCACCACUGCCAUGGUGAUGCCAAUUGCAGAAGCUGUCCUGCAGCAGCUCAUCAACACCAGCCUGGAAUCUGAUGUCGAGUUAGCCGUAAUCACAGACACCGACAGCGUGGAAGACACCUACUCUGGCCCAGCGUCCCAAAAAUACGAGGAGGAAAAUGAGAAGAAGCAGCUGGAGCUUAUCUACCUUAAAGAAAAUGGAAUGAAGAAGAACCAAUCUGACAAGGAGAUACUGACUAAGUCAGACAGACAGGACCAAAGUCAACCCAGAAAGGAAUACAGCAGUAAGUACAAGACCAAGCACGAUCACAUGAUCUGCAAGUGCCUUUCUCUAAGCAUCACCUAUGCUGCUACCAUUGGAGGCCUCAUGACAAUUACGGGAACCUCAACCAACCUCAUCUUCGCUGAGCAGUUCAAUACUCGCUACCCAGAAUCAAGAUCUAUCAACUUUGGCACAUGGUUUGUUUUCAGCUUUCCUAUUGCCAUCAUCAUGCUGGUUAUGACUUGGAUCUGGAUGCACUGGCUUUUCUUGGGAUGCAACUUUAAGGAAACUUGUUCUCUGAGCAAAAAGAGAAAGACAAAACGUGAGGAGAUGUCUGAAAGGAGAAUUCAAGAAGAAUAUGAGAAAUUGGGGCCAUUCAGCUAUCCUGAGAUGGUGACAGGGAUUUUCUUUGUAUUGUUGACAUUAUUGUGGUUUACUCGGGAACCUGGGUUUGUUCCAGGAUGGACAUCACUCUUUGAGAGAAAAGGCUAUAGGACAGAUGCCACUGUCUCCAUUUUCCUGGGCUUUCUUCUCUUCUUGAUUCCUGCUAAGAAACCAUCUUUCUCCUGUUUUGGUGAGGAGGACAAUGAUGUGGAAAGUGCAAGGGACUUAAAGAAACUGAAGAAAUCAAAGGAACACAAUCUCCUAGCACCACUGAUAAACUGGAAAGACUUUCAGAAACACAUGCCCUGGGAGAUUGUCAUCCUUGUUGGAGGUGGAUAUGCCUUAGCUGCAGGCUGCAAGGUGUCUGGCCUAUCAGAGUGGAUUGGACGUCAAAUGGAACCAAUGAGUAAUCUCCCGCCAUGGGCUGUUACGUUAAUUGCAUGCCUUUUGGUGUCUGUCGUCACUGAAUUUGCGAGUAAUCCAGCUACCAUCACAGUUUUCCUGCCUAUUCUCUCCACUUUGUCUGAGACGCUGCAGAUAAACCCGUUGUACACAUUGAUACCAGCCACGAUGUGUGUGUCAUUUGCUGUGAUGCUGCCUGUUGGUAAUCCUCCAAAUGCCAUUGUCUUCAGCUAUGGGCACUGCCAAAUUCAGGACAUGGUGAAAGCUGGUUUCGGAGUGAACGUGAUUGGGGUGGUCGCUGUGAUGCUGGCCAUCACCACCUGGGGAUUUCCUCUCUUCCAGCUGGAUCAGUUCCCAAAGUGGAUCACAGCCAGCAACACAACAAGAGGCUUUUAGCCAUGAGAGGUGGAACCAGAGGUGCAGGGAGAGUGCACAGCAGCCUGGGAAACAUUUGAUUAUGGGUGGUCAACUAAAGAAGGGAUCCAAUGCAGCAAGAAUCAUUACCCCAGAAUACAUGAUUCAGGAGUGCGAGGUGGAACCCAUUCUGAUUUGGCAGCUUUCAAAUCAGGAGCAUUUGUUUUAGCGGUUUGAGGAUUUUUCAGGGUUUGUUUUUAUUCUGUCUUUGGGAAAUAUUCUUUUGGGCAUGGAAUUUUAAAGUUUAUCUCAAAAAAAAUUUGUUUUUGCUAACUAUUUCUUCCAAAGGCUAUUGUUCCUACAAAAAAUUUAUCCUAUUGCCUUUAGCAGUUCCUAGCCAGCAGGCAGAUCAAUCAUCAUGUAAGAACAAGACAAACGAGUGGCCAAUUUAGCCUUUCAAGCCAUACUGGAUCAUAGUCUUCCAACAAGGUUUGCUUAAUGACAAUCAGGAGCAAGAACCUUGGUGACUUUUCACUUUCAAACCUCAGAAAACAAGUGGAUCAUUAUUUUUACCACCACUAAACCUUCAGAGCUAUCAGUCUCUAACGGCAACAGCUAUAUCUGGUUCCGUAUCACACUUUGCUGCCACUUUUGAUUUGCUAUCUUUUAUUGAUGGAGCAAAUGGCUUUUAUUUGCAAUGGAUGAAAGUGCUAAUUAUUCCCUAUUGAACAGUGAGCACCGUGAGUCCAAAUCCCUGCAAUGAUUUUGUGUGCGUGUGCUGCAUGCACUAUGAAAGCUUUCAUAACAUUUCAGAGAAUGCUGGCAGGAGCACUGGCUACGAGAGAGAGAGAAGCCACCCUUUCUCACAGUGCUACUGUCUCCCUGUUGAAGGUGGUUUUUCAGUGCACACACCGGACUGCCAUGGGAUCCAGAGCUGACGAACUGUUUCAAAUUUGGUCAUUGUAUCAAUAAAUGAAUGAUAUCUGAUGGCAAAUUCUGUCAGAGCAUAGCUUCUGUCAAAGUCCUUCUGUGCAACAACAAGACCGUGCCACUGCAGAUCCCUUAUAUAUGCAGAUCCAAGAUUGCAGUAUUUCUCAAAAACAAAUCAAUAAUUGUCUUUGCUUUUUAAAAAAAAAUGCAGACUAAAGUAAAGAAUAAACCUGUAGUACAAACUGCAGUUACCAUUUCAGUCAUACCUGUUGGGACAAUUUUAUUAAUGUACCUCAGUUCAUAAUGGCUAUAACACAGUUUUAAUUUAUGAAUAAUGGGAGACUGGCUAAUGAAAUGCUAGUCUUCAAUGUGAAGGUCACUUUUCUGUAUCAGUUCUAAUGCAAAAAUGAGUCUUAAAUCUUUCUCCAUUUGGACAGAGCACAAAAUGGCCUCAUCUUACACUCAUUUGGAGCAGUAAUUUCAUAGAAAUGGCUUGUAUAAAGAUUUGGGAGAUGGGUUAUUGGUCCAGUAGAGGUGACCUUUUGAAGUUAUGGCUGAGGCAGAGUGUUGAGAGUAAAGCAAAGGUAAAUGGCUUUAAGUAUUGGGGGAGCACAUCUAACUCAGUUCUUUAAAGUACAGAGCCUCUUCAUUCUCUAGUGUUAAUAUGUUGCACCACAGUCAUAAAUUUCCAUCGUUCCAAUGUAUUUAAAAUUUACUUAUGAAAUAUGUGAGUUUUGGGCUGUAAUGUUUUGAAGCUCCUAAUCACUGAGAAGCGGCCGUUAAGGUGUACUCGGGAAACAAGGGAACAUCUGUCCUCUUCAGUUUAAUCUUUCUACAAACUUUUGCUGGAUAAAAGUUUACCUAUUAAAGAUAUCCUAUCCCACCAAAAAACAGUAGUUCCAUUGUUCUCGAAAUUCCAUCAAAUGACAACAUGUACAUCUCCAUACCGAAAGGACAGCUUCCGUAAACUGUGAAUUAUUAAUUAGCAAAUAUAUAUUGGUGAUUUAUUGGUCAGCACCUGUAGGCAUAUUGGAGAAAUCAGCAACAAGAAAUAAGCAAGUUGACUGGACACCAUCAUUAGAAUCAAAUUAUUGUGUCAAAGUUACCUGGGCUGCUGCAGGUCACCAUGUACUGUUGGCUAAAUGAGCUCUAGUGAGUGUUCUAUUUACGUAACACCCUACGGGUUAGCUACAAGCAUUGCUUGUGAAGCUCCUGCUACUUCCAAUUCUAGCCUACUCUCUUCCAGUGUUGUUAAUUAAAGGCAGGAACAGAUUAUUUCACAAUGUUCUAAGUAGUUGAGGUGGCUGCCAGUAGUUUUAAUUCACCCCUCAGGUCUAAUUCCGGACUCAUCAGAAAAGAUAGAAGUAAGGUUUUACUUGCUGUUAGUUCCUCAGAAGUAAACCCUCUCCAUGAGCUCACUGCUUCAGAUCUGCACAUAGUAUCAUGAGUGUGUUACUGUGAUAUUAAAUCUGCCUUGUUUGACAAAGAGGAUCUUACAUGUGGCAAUGAAGUCCAUUAUCCCAAAAGAUCUGUGUCUACACUAUCAUUAGUGAAAGUUAAAGGACUCAUUGUACUCCUGGCCCACAGUGGAUAUUGUUCACUCUGCAGAGUUGAUCUUUUCAUUUUUGUAGCCUUGAAUACAAGGUCUUUCGUCACAGCACUGAAACGUUGGUUCUAUCGAGCAGCUUACCACACUUUGUCAUAGAUUCAGCAUUAGAACCAGAGGAGCCACCUUUAUUCCUUCCAUUCUUGCGCUCUUUCCAUCCCUUCAAAAUCCACAGACUGCAUAAUAAUAAAAAAAAAGAAAAAAAUAAUCAUCUUUGGCCACCAAGUACUAAAUGUCGAUGGGUAUUUCAGCCACUGGGUGCAUAGACCUUUUCCAUAAUCUGUCCGUUAAAUUGUGUGGAACCAAAUAUUGGGAAUGAGAUAACGAGACCAGUGUUUUCACACCAAAUUAGUGCUAUUGACCAUAGAUAGAUCUCUUCCCACAGGUUCCACAGUUCUUCCUUACAUCAAAAACAACCAGCCUCUCCUGGAAAUUCAAAAUUUGCUUUUUCUCCUGAAUACGUGAUUCUGCCAUAGGAAUGUAAAUUGAAACUGGAAUAAAGGAGCCAAAGUGCCUUGCUCUCUUUGAAAUUUGCACAUGAUUUCUUUAUUUUUUUGGAAGCUCAAUAAAGAUCUGUAAUUGCAAACUA